AUAGCCGCAUCUCAUUCUCUUUGUUUUCAUGCUGCAACAACGAACUUUUUUUUCUUCUUCGUUUUUCGUUGAGUGAAUGUUUUUGUUCGGAAACAAUAUCGAAUUUCAUUAUCGAAUUUUUUGAUUUUCACUGAGUGAUUGUGUGUUUGACUUGCUAUUUGCUAUUUUCGAUUUGCUGAUUUAACAUUAAAAAUCAUCAUCAUAAUCUUUUCCCGUUUUCAAGAUUCAUUGCUAUUCAACAAGUUUCUACAUCAAGAGAAUAAGCUUUCACAAGAGAUUUGUCAUCAACUUUUCAAUUCCGAACGACAAUUUUUUCGUUUUCGAAAUUACAUAAUGGCUGGAUUUAUAACUAAAUCAUUUCUUUUCACCUUAUCAAUGAUGAUUAUGAUGAAUAUUAUUUUUCAACAAAAUAAUGGCUGUAAUGCAUUCGAUUUUGAUUCAAUUAAAAAAUCUAUUUCAAGUGGUAUUAAUUCAGUUGUAUCUGAUAUUCAAGAUGCUACUUGUUUGAUUCAAUAUCGUGAAGAAUUUGAUCGUUGUCAAAAUGCAGUUAAAUUUUGGAAAGAUAAUCCUUAUGAACCAAAUGGACAAAAAAAGGCUUAUUGUUGUGAUUUCAUUGCUUAUAAACAAUGUUUAACAACUGUUGCUCGUCUUCGUUGUGGAUCUGCAGCACAAGAAACUGUUGAUUCAAUAAUGAGUACAUUGAAAAAAGGAUUCUAUCCAAGUUAUUGUGAUGCCUAUGACAAUAUUUUCGAUUGUAUGGAUCCAUUGCUAUUCUGGUCAUUGGUUGCUCUUGUUGUCGCUAUUGGUUUCUUGAUUGUUGCCGUAAUUUUUGAAUGUUUUAAACGAAUUUUCUGUUGAACAAACAAGCUCUUAUUUCAUUCAUACAUAGUGCCAUUAAUAAUUUUCAUUUUUCUUUUUGUUCUUACACACAUACACACACGAACAAACAAACAUAACUUACUUUACAUUUGAAAUCGUUGUUGAUCGACUAAUUUUGAUUGAUAAAUAUUUCAUAAAUGUGUGAUAUAUUCAUUUGUUUUUCA